GUGGGGUGGGAAGCGAUGCCCCACAAGGUGCCUGUGGUGCUCACGGCCGCAUCCAGCAUCAUCUGCGGACCGGGGACCUGCCGAGCAGAGGUCUGCCUGGCAACAAGUGAUGCACGUCCCGGCAGCCAAUGGGGAUUUUUUCUGCCCCCCUCCCGGGGGGUGUCGCGGGCAGGGUGGGGCCGGGGGUAUUUCCCGCAGCAGCACUCGGGGUGCUCAUUGUCCAUCGAGGUGCUCGGUGCAGCCAUGGCCGACGAGCAGCGGGAUCUCAUGUCCAACCGCGGCAGCAGCAUGCUCAGCAUCGGGGACACCCAAAGGUCUGGGCUGGGCCGCAAAGCCACCCUCUCCACGCUGUCCGUCCUGGUGGCCCUGCUGAUCGCCGGCCAGGCUGUCACCAUCUACUUCGUGUACCAGCAGAGCGGGCAGAUCAGCAAACUGACCAAGACCUCGCAGACCCUGCAGCUGGAGGCGCUGCAGAGGAAGCUGCCGGCCAGUGCCAGGCCGGUGAACAAGAUGAAGAUGGCCAUGGUGAACAGCCCCAUGGUCAUGAAGGUCCUGCCCCUGGUCCCCUCUGUGGGCAACGUGGCCUUGGCCCCGGCCAGCAACAGAACCGAGGACCAAGUCAAGCACCUGCUGCUACAGGCAGACCCCAGGAAGACGUUCCCAGAUCUGAAGGACAACAUGAUGAACAACCUGAAGAGGCUGAAGAGCACCAUGACUGAUGCGGACUGGAAGUCCUUCGAGUCCUGGAUGCACAAGUGGUUGCUGUUUGAGAUGGCCAAGAACCCCAAGCCAGAGGAGGAGCAUAAGGCGGUCCCAGCAACGAAAGUGCUAACUAAGUGCCAGGCGGAGGCCAAUUCCUGGGGUGUGCAUCCGGGUCGGUUCCAGCCGCAGUGCGAUGAGAACGGCGACUACCUGCCCAAGCAGUGCAAUGCCUCCACGGGCUACUGCUGGUGCUCCUACAAAAACGGCACCAGGAUUGAGGGCACUGCUACCCGGGAAGAGCUGGACUGCGAGGAUGCUGCCACCGCUGCCCCUCCUACCAGCCCGGAGCUGGAGGAGAUGAUGUUCUCCGGGGUGGACAUGCUCAGGCUGGGUGCGGAGAAAGUCAACUAGAAGAGGACGCCACGGCUGCCUGUCCAGACUUCAGCAUCCAGCUCACAUUUAGUUUCUUUGCUCUAUCUCAUUUCUGCUCUUACACUGCUUUUCCAAGGCGAUUAACAGCGGGUGCCCCUGCCCCUCGAGGCAUCGGCUGUGCCCCUUCCCCUGCUGCAGGGCCAGGCUGCCACCAGGACCAGUGCCAGAGCCAAAGUGUUCCCCCAGGGUGGGUACAGCAGGCUGGAGAAUGAUUUCAAUGGUGUCAGACCCCUAAAUCCUGUUCCCUUUUGCUCACGGGCAUCCCACAGCAGCCAGACAACACGCACAGAGCUCACCCUGCUGAAGAAUGAGCCACUAACGCUUUCUUCCACUGAAUGAACAUUAAAAGCAGCAAAACAACCUCCACCAGCUUCUUAACUGACCCCCGUAGGUUGAAGCCCUGUUAGACUACAAGAGUAGAGGGAUUUCAUUGUGGAGUGCUUGGUUUUGAUACAUGCUCACCUUCAGCUUGUGCCUUCAGGCUGGAGCACGGCCUCAGCAGUGGGUAACAGCGGGCAGAGGAGCUCACCCUGGAGCCUGAGGGGCUUCUGAUUCUUCUGACUAGAGCUGAUAGUUCCUUUAUCAAUGACCUUACGAGCUAAUUAUUUCCAAUAAACCUUUUGAAUAAGAAAGCCUUGUGGGCAGCUCGAGCCGGGCAGCGCCUGCAAACAGCGUGCACUGUCCUGGAUCAUUUUUAAUCUCAAUAAAAAACAAUUCAAGGACA